AUGGUGAUAAAGGCGUUGACUAGAUUGGCCGCGUUGCUGCCGUCCGGCCGGCAGCAGGUGACUAUCAUCGAUGAAGUCGAUAACGCUGCGGUGUUGGUCGCCGCCGUGCCGGUGCGCCUGGUGGUGAAUUACGCGACGCAGGGCGUUGACCUGCGCGGUGGCGGUGGUGAAGGGAGGCAGCUAGCCAGCGUUGUCUCGAUCUUCAAACAGCACUGCUACCCGACCAGCGAGGAGAUGGUGGUCGCCGCCGACUCAUCCGGCGUCCUGCACGACUAUUACUCUAAACUGACCUUUCCCUUGGCUGCGCCAUCCGCCACCACAUCACCAUCGCAGCCCGUAGGUGGCGCAUGCCGGCAGCAGGACUUGAGUCUCAAUGUUCAGGUACACUCGCAGUACGCGUUGGUCGGUCGACAGGGCGGAUCCGCUGGGGGCAUGUACGCACCCAACUCCGUGCCUGAUAGCACUACUACUUCGUCGACGACCGCCGUCCAGCAGAGUCCUACUGCCAGCAACCACCGUUUCAGCAUCGCGCACUCGGAACCGGUGGACCAACGGCCGGCUGACUGCGGACUGUUCUUCGAAGACCUGAAGUCGUCUUUGCCGCCUCCUCCGUCUUUGCCUCCUCCCGGCCUGCCUUUUUUGGACGCGUCGUAUGGCACACCGGACCAGAUGUCAUACACGAAAUUUUGCGAGCCUAUCAUCAGGCAGCAGGGUACUUGA